AUGACCCUGCCCUUCAAGAAAGCAAGCAGGGGCCCGAGACUGGACUGGGCGCGCCGCGUGGGACUGGGCUCGCGUCUAGUAAACAGCCAGAAGACGUGCGUUCCUGCCGCGGGGGUGGGUGCGGUAACAGGCCGAGGGCAGCGCCCGGGAAGCGAGCUCACCAGUGCCGGUUGGCGGACCGAGGACCCUGACUCCCGCCCUGGCCGCGCCCGGGCGCCUGGGCUUGGCUAUGACCCGUACAACCCAGAGCUGCCCAAGCCCCCGCCGCAGAGAGAGAAUGGCACCUUGGACAGCGGGGAUGAGCCUCACUCAGACAUCUUGGAGCUCGAGCUGGUCAAUCAGGCCAUCGAGGCUGUGCGUUCCGAGGUGGAGCUGGAGCAGCGGCGCUACCAGGAGCUCUUGGAGACAGCGCGAGAGCGCGGCUCGGCUGAGGCACCCACCCUCUCGCCCCGUGGCCCUGCCGCCUGCCCCACCGCCCGCCUGGACGAGGGGGCCUUCCCACUGUCCUUUGACUACAACCCCAGCAGCCGGGGCCUCUUGAGCCCCAAUGCCAGCUACCAGCCCACCCCGCUGGCCGCCCCCGCCGAGCCAGGCAGCAAGUACUCACUGGACCGGAGUCAGGGGCACGGUGGAGGGGGCAGUGGCACCCUCGAGUACGUCCCCAAGGCCGUGAGCCAGCCCCGGCGGUACGGUCGCCCCAUCCCCAGCGGCAAGUAUGUGGUGGAUGACUCCAAGCCGUCCACGGACCUGGAGUACGACCCGCUGUCCAACUUCUCUGCCCGGCUGCUCAGUAGGGCCAGCUCCAAGGAUGACCGGGCCUCCAAGCGGCCCCGGGACUCCCGUGGCAGCGAGCCCUACACACCCGUGCUGAAGAAGGCUUGUGACCCUUUCGGCGGCUGUGACGCUAGGUUCUCAGACUCAGACGAUGACACCACCCCUGCAGCUCCCCGUGACAGGCCUGCCGCCGCCAGCCCCCCUAACGCCCGGGCUGCCACUGCAAGUAAGGUCCCCAGGAAGUCAGGCUCCAGGGAGGGCCCAGAACCCGAAGAGGGCGGCCUGAGGGAGACCAAGGAGACAGCAGUGCAGUGCGAUGGGGGAGACCUUGGGCAGCUGCCCCCCUGCCCUGGAGGGGCCAAGGCCUGCUCCCCAGCCAGGGCCUCCCAGGACCACCACAGCCCCAAGGAAGGGAGGCCUAAGAAGAAGAGGAGCCACAGGGAUGGUGUCCAGAAGAAAGACAGGGCCAAGGACUCAGAACGUGGGAGGCGGCCGGAGAAGCCCAGUGCUGACAGCCGGGGCCCGCAGGCUGGCAGCCCCCGGCACAAGGCAGAGCAGCCCAGAGGGACCAAGAAAAAGCCAUCUGUGGCCACCCCUGUGGCCAGCUCAGGGAAAGGGUCGCCCGACCAACCGCAGCCAAGCCCUGUGCGUGGGGGCACCCGGCCUCAGGACUCACGGCCCACUCCCCACCAGCUGCCAGACAGGGCAGGUGAGAAGACCCUGACUGGGAAGCUGGUGGAGCGCAAGGCCCGCUCACUGGACGAGGGCGCCUCUCAGGACACCCCCAAGCUGAAGAGACGGGCCCUGAGCCAUGCUGAUCUCUUCGGAGAUGAGAGUGAGGAUGAGAACCCUGGGCCCCCAGAGCCCCGGCUGCAGCCCCCCGCCCUCCCCACUCUUAGUUCCAGCUCAGACUCAGACUCAGACUCUAGCCUGGGCCUCUCUGCCAAGCGGGGGCCGCCCAAGCAGCUCAAGGCCUCCCCGCCCCCCUUGCCCGCCUCAGCCUCCCCCUCCUUGUCCUCCUCCUCCUCCUGCGGGGCGGGGGCGGGGGCGGAGGUGGACUACUCGGCCCUGGAGAAGGAGAUCGACUUUGACUCCGACCCCAUGGAGGAGUGCCUGCGCAUUUUCAACGAGUCUACCAGCGUCAAGACGGAGGACAGGGGCCGGCUGGCCCGACAGCCCCCCAAGGAGGAGCAGAGCAAGGAUAAAGGGCAUACAGGUCUGACCACCCUCUUCCCUGGGCAGAAGAGGAGGAUUUCUCAUCUCUCCAAGCAAGGCAAGGAGGCAGAGCCUGCGAGGAAAGGCCCGGCGCCUGCUGCUCGGCUCCCCACUGCCCAGGAAGUGUGCUACCGGCGGGCCCAGCAGGCACAGAGGGAAUCGACGAACUGGCUGCCAGCUGCCCAGCGGUCAGCUGAGAAGCCACCCUCUGUCCACAUCUUGGCCCCUGGUGAGAAGAGGAGGAUUGCCCACGUCCCCAACCCCCGCCUGGCUGCAGCCCCAACAGGUGCCAAGAGGACCCUCUCGGCCAGCAGCAGCCAGUCUCCUAAUGGUCCCGAGCCAGGCGGCCAGCCCCUGAAGACGCGCACGUUGUCGGGCAUGGCAUCCAAGACCACCACCACCGUCACUCCCAAACGCGUUGCUCACAGCCCGUCUCUCCAGAGUUUAAAGAAGCCCAUUAUUCCAAAGGAGUUCGGGGGCAAAGUCCCCACUGUCAUUCGCCAGCGCUAUCUCAACCUUUUUAUUGAGGAAUGCCUCAAGUUCUGCUCCUCCAACCAGGAGGCCAUAGAGAAGGCGCUCAAUGAGGAGAAGGUGGCCUACGACCGCAGCCCCAGCAAGAACAUCUACCUGAACGUGGCUGUGAACACCCUGAAAAAGCUGCGGGGCCUGGUCCCCAGCGCAGUGCCUGGUGUCAACAAAACCAGUGGCCAGAGGGUGGUGUCCCAUGAAAUGGUUUUGGGGGGCAAAUUGGCCGCCAAAACCAGCUUUUCCCUCAGUCGUCCAAACAGCCCCCGUGUGGAGGAUCUGAAAGGGGCUGCCCUGUAUGGCCGCCUGAAGGAGUACCUGCUCAGUGAGGGCCAGCUCAAGGAGAACGGCUUUCCCUUCCCCCACCCUGAGCGGCCCGGGGGUGCUGUCAUUUUCACCGCAGAGGAGAAGAGGCCCAAGGACUCCUCCUGCAGGAUCUGCUGCCGGUGUGGCACUGAGUACCUUGUGUCCUCCUCGGGCCGCUGUGUGCGGGAGGAGGAAUGCUACUAUCACUGGGGGCGGCUCCGCCGGAACCGAGUGGCUGGUGGCUGGGAGACUCAGUACAUGUGCUGCUCGGCCGCCGUCGGCUCCACCGGCUGCCAGGUUGCCAAGCAACACGUGCAGGACGGCCGGAAGGAAAACCUCGAAGGGUUUGUGAAGACCUUUGAUAAAGAACUCUCUGAAGAUGCUCACCCAGGGAUCUACGCCCUUGACUGUGAAAUGUCCUACACCACAUACGGCCUCGAGCUAACGCGUGUCACAGUGGUGGACACAGACAUGCAGGUGGUUUACGACACCUUCGUCAAGCCAGACAAUGAGAUCGUGGACUACAACACCAGGUUUUCAGGGGUGACGGAGGCAGACCUCGCUGACACGAGCAUCUCGCUGCGAGAUGUCCAGGCUGUCCUGCUGAGCAUGUUCAGUGCUGACACCAUCCUUAUUGGACACAGUCUGGAAAGUGACCUGCUGGCCUUGAAGGUCAUCCACAGCACUGUGGUGGACACAUCUGUGCUCUUCCCGCACCGCUUGGGCCUCCCCUACAAGCGCUCCCUGCGGAAUCUUAUGGCCGACUACCUCAGACAGAUCAUCCAGGAUAACGUGGACGGGCACAGCUCCAGCGAGGAUGCCAGCGCCUGCAUGCACCUGGUUGUCUGGAAGAUCCGCGAAGACGCCAAGACCAAGCGGUGACCUGCUGCCGCCGCCUCUCCUGCAGCCCCGGCCCGUCCUCUACCCCAGGCCUCUUCCAAAACAGUGCAAUAAAUCUCGAGAGCUAACCCUGUCCACAUCGCCAAGCGAGACACGGGAACUGAGCGUGGGACGAGCCAGCAUCAAGAGAGAGCAGACCCGAGACCAACCCUGGAGCCCAGCCCCGCCGAAGCCCUGCCCUGGCCCCACCCCUUGCCCGCAGCCCCCUGUCCUGGAGACCCUGCUUGUGUCCCAGGCGGCUCGGCCUCCUGUUCUGCCUCCGCUGUGCCCAGGGGCAGGGGCAGCAGGGCGGGCUUGGCGCGGGUUCGUUUGACAGGGGUAGUCUUUUGUUAUUUUGUAUUGUUAUUUUUAUUAUUUUUAAUUUAAACCUGAUGACUUGCACAGUUGUCUUCCCCCGUCCCAAAGGAGCCAGACCCUGGUGCUGAGUCCCCACCUCCCAGGGGUGUGGGUGGGCUGGGGCGGUCCAGCCCAGGCCUCCACAGCCGCCAGGACCCAAGAUUCCAGCUCGGCCCGGGAGGGUGGGAACCGGCUGCCCCCAGCCCACUUGGCCUCCCUGACCUCGAGCCCAGCCAGCCCCACCCUCCACCGGCUCCCGGAGCCUCUGGGAACAGCCUUCCCGUCAGAGCCCCAGUUCCCGCACCCCUUCCUGCACCCCUGGGCUGGGACAGAAUAAAUGUUUGUAUGGAUUUU